UGUGCGAACCAGGCAUGUUCAAUCGCUUACCGGAAAAUAGAUUCUGAGCUGCAUUUGCCGUCAGUCGGGGUCAGCGUUGCUACUGAAUACUAGCCAUUAGCUAGCUAACGGAGGAAAAGCCGGGCUAGACGGCGAAAAGCAAAAAUGUUAUCCUCGACUUUCCGAACGGCAGUUUCUCAAACGGCAAGGCACAUUCGGAGUCUGCAUCAGUCAGCAGUCCGCUGUGGUGGUGGGGGAGCCCUUUUUGUGCAUAGAGAUACUACGGAUAACAACCCCAAUACUCCUUUUGAAUUCACUCCAGAGAAUCUUAAGAGAAUUGAGGCAAUCAUUAAGAACUACCCAGAGGGACACAAACAAGCAGCUACCAUUCCGGUCUUAGACUUGGCCCAGAGGCAGCAUGGAUGGCUACCCAUCACCGCCAUGAACAAGGUAGCAGAGGUGCUGGAAAUACCCCCUAUGAGGGUGUAUGAAGUAGCCACCUUCUACACAAUGUUCAUGCGCAAACCUAUGGGGAAAUACCACCUUCAGAUCUGCACAACUACACCCUGCAUGCUGUGCGACUCCGACAGUAUCCUAGCAGCCAUCCAGAAGAAGCUUGGCAUUAAAGUUGGUGAAACGACACCUGACAAUUUGUUCACACUAUCAGAGGUGGAAUGUCUUGGAGCAUGCGUCAAUGCACCAAUGGUCCAGAUCAACGAUAACUAUUAUGAAGACCUUCUUCCUCAGGACAUUGAGCAGAUCCUUGAUGAACUGAAAGCUGGGACUGUGCCACUACCUGGACCCAGGAACGGGCGUUUCUCUUGUGAACCAGCCGGCGGGUUGACCUCUUUGACAGAGCCCCCUCCUGGACCUGGAGUCGGAGUGAGACCUGACCUGUAGUAAUGUCGUUCCAGAAAUGUAAUCUUUAUGUGCUUCACUGGUGUACUCUUUAUCAUCAAAGAUUAGUUGAGUACAAUGUAAAUAAAAUGUAUUUGGUUAUCCCA